AACAUGGCCGCUGCCCAGUGAACGCUGCCGGUGCCUGGCGGGAGCUAGUCGCGUGAGCAGUUAGGCGGCCCGGGUCGGGUGUGGGAAAGCGGGCAGCGCGCGGCGGCUGAGCGAGGCAGACGGGCCCAGAGUGGCUGUGGUCCAUGAGCCGGUGCCGGGGGCAGCGCGGAGCCGCAGACUCCUCUGUCCCUGGUGCUGUGCCGGCAGCCACGGGCUAAGGAGUCUCGAGGCUCCGGAGCUCAUCCCAAGCUUCCACUAUGAAUCCCGAGAAAGACUUCGCGCCGCUCACGCCCAACAUCGUGCGUGCCCUCAAUGACAAGCUGUACGAAAAGCGGAAGGUGGCUGCGCUGGAGAUUGAAAAGCUGGUGCGGGAGUUCGUGGCCCAGAACAACACCGUUCAAAUCAAGCAUGUGAUCCAGACCCUGUCUCAGGAGUUUGCCCUGUCCCAGCACCCUCACAGCCGGAAAGGGGGCCUCAUUGGCCUGGCUGCCUGCUCCAUCGCCCUGGGCAAGGACUCAGGGCUCUACCUGAAGGAGCUGAUCGAGCCUGUGCUGACGUGCUUUAACGACGCAGACAGCAGGCUGCGCUACUAUGCCUGCGAGGCCCUCUACAACAUCGUCAAGGUGGCCCGGGGCGCUGUGCUGCCCCACUUCAACGUGCUCUUUGAUGGGCUGAGUAAGUUGGCUGCUGACCCAGACCCGAAUGUGAAAAGUGGAUCUGAGCUCCUAGACCGCCUUUUGAAGGACAUUGUGACUGAGAGCAACAAGUUCGAUCUGGUGGGCUUCAUCCCUUUGCUGCGGGAGAGGAUUUACUCAAACAACCAGUAUGCUCGGCAGUUCAUCAUCUCCUGGAUCCUGGUUCUGGAGUCUGUGCCAGACAUUAACCUGCUUGAUUACCUGCCAGAGAUCCUGGAUGGACUCUUCCAGAUUCUGGGUGACAAUGGCAAGGAGAUUCGGAAAAUGUGUGAGGUGGUCCUUGGAGAAUUCUUGAAAGAAAUUAAGAAAAAUCCUUCCAGUGUUAAGUUUGCUGAGAUGGCCAACAUACUGGUGAUCCACUGCCAGACCACAGAUGACCUCAUCCAGCUAACAGCCAUGUGCUGGAUGCGGGAGUUCAUCCAGCUGGCCGGCCGGGUAAUGCUGCCCUACUCCUCUGGGAUCCUGACUGCUGUCUUGCCCUGCCUGGCCUACGAUGACCGCAAAAAAAGCAUUAAGGAGGUGGCCAAUGUGUGCAACCAGAGCCUGAUGAAGCUGGUCACUCCCGAGGACGAUGAGCCAGAUGAGCCAAAGUCAGCAGUACAAAAGCAGACAGAACCCAACCCUGAGGACUCCCUGGCAAAGCAGGAGGGGACAUCCAGUGGAGGUCCAGAUAGUUCCUGUGACUCCAGCUUCAGUAGCAGCAUCAGUGUCUUCCCUUCAGCCUGCACUGACAGGGCCCCGGUGACCCUGCACCUUGAUGGGAUUGUACAGGUUCUGAACUGCCACCUUAGUGACAUGGCCAUUGGGAUGAUGACCAGGAUUGCUGUUCUGAAGUGGCUCUACCAUCUCUACAUCAAGACCCCCCGCAAGAUGUUUCGACACACAGACAGCCUCUUCCCCAUCCUACUUCAGACGUUAUCGGAUGAGUCUGAUGAGGUUGUCCUGAAGGAUCUGGAGGUGUUGGCAGAAAUUGCUUCCUCCCCCGCAGGCCAGACAGAUGACCCAGGCCAACCCGAUGGCCCUGACCUCCAGAUCAACCACUCAGAGCUUCAGGUGCCCACCUCCGGCAAAACCAGCCUGCUAAAUACUCCCAGUACCAAAGGCUUAGAAUGUUCUCCUUCCACUCCCACCAUGAACUCCUACUUUUAUAAGUUCAUGAUCAACCUUCUCCAGAGGUUCAGCAGUGAACGGAAGCUCCUGGAGGUCAGAGGCCCUUUCAUCAUCAGGCAGCUCUGUCUCCUGUUGAAUGCAGAAAACAUCUUCCACUCAAUGGCGGACAUCCUACUCCGGGAGGAGGAUCUCAAGUUCGCCUCUACCAUGGUGCACACCCUCAACACCAUCCUGCUCACCUCCACCGAACUCUUCCAGCUAAGAAAUCAGCUCAAGGACCUGAAGACUCUGGAGAGCCAGAACCUCUUCUGCUGCCUGUACCGCUCCUGGUGCCACAACCCAGUCACCACGGUGUCCCUCUGCUUCCUUACCCAGAACUACCGGCACGCCUAUGACCUCAUCCAGAAGUUUGGGGACCUGGAGGUCACAGUGGACUUCCUCACCGAGGUGGACAAACUGGUGCAGCUGAUUGAGUGUCCCAUCUUCACAUAUCUGCGCCUGCAGCUGCUGGACGUGAAAAACAACCCAUACCUGAUCAAGGCUCUAUAUGGCCUGCUCAUGCUGCUGCCCCAGAGCAGUGCCUUCCAGUUGCUUUCUCAUCGACUCCAGUGUGUGCCCAACCCUGAGCUGCUGCAGACCGAAGACAGUCUGAAGGCAGCCCCCAAGUCCCAGAAAUGCGACUCGCCCAGCAUUGACUACGCAGAGCUACUGCAGCACUUUGAGAAGGUCCAAAACCAGCAUCUGGAAGUGAGGCACCAGCGGAGUGGGCGUGGGGACCACCUGGACCGGAGAGUUGUCCWCUGACACACCUGACAUGGAGAAGAGCCCAACCAACCAGGGGCCCGUGAAGCACUCAGGGUCUUCAGGAUACCCUCCCAAGGAGCCUGAGGACCUGCCUCAGGAGCAGGGCUGGGCCUGACCACCAGCCCAAGGCAGGGAGGGGGUGAGGCUGCAGCACCCCAGCUCCUCUCAGUGCUGUCAGCUGCACGCUGGCUUCAGACAGCUGGCUUCCCACCAGGGUAGAGCCACAGCCUCAGAGACCACCCAUCCUCUGGAAUCCGUCUCGGAACUUCUAAUACCCCCUUGUGAAAAGAGCUUGACCUCAGCCCCGAGAGCUUUGGUCUCAUGUGCCUGUGUACACAUACAUAAACGUGUGUGUACGUAUGCAUGUGCACACAGGGGUCGGCACAAAGGUCUCUACUGAAUGAUGUGCACCCUCCCCACUCCCGCCCCAAUAAAGAUAUGACAGAAACCUUAA